AUGAAGGUUCUAACGCUCUUCUUGUUGACGGCCCUAGUGGCAGUGGCUGUGGCCCGGCCGAACGGCGGCUGGUUGGGAAACUUUGGCGGCAACUGGAUCAGGAAGUUCGGCUGGGGAUCCGAUGACAGCCAAAACGUGCAGGAGCAAAAGUGGAAUGGCCAGAACCAGUGGAAUGGCCAAAAUCAGUGGAAUAAUCAGAAUGGCCAGGGUCAUUGGAAUGGAAAUGGCCAGGGUCAGGGUCAGUGGAAUGGAAAUAGCCACGGUCAGGGUCAGUGGAAUGGAAAUAGCCAGGGUCAGGGUCAGUGGAAUGGAAAUGGAAAUGGCCAGAGUCAGUGGAAUGGAAAUGGAAAUGGUCAUGGCCAGGGUCAGUGGAAUGGCGGAAACAAUCACGGACAAUGGAACGGUGGUCACGGAAAUGGACAAGGCCAUGGAAACAAUCAUGGUCACGGACACGGACAUGGAGGUCACCAACCCCCACCACCAACUGAUCUCCCCAAAGUGACCGAAGACGAUAUUGCAUCCACCACCGAUGUGACUAGCCCUGUCGAGGAAACCACCUUCAACCCUGAAGUUCCAGAAGAGACCACCACUCGGGCACCUGAGGAAAUCACCACCGACUCCGAAGAUGGCAGCGGUUCCACAGAAGAAACCACUCUGGCCCCUGAGGAUAACACCACCGACUCCGAGGACGGCAGCGGUUCCACUGAAGAAACCACUCUGGCCCCUGAGGAUAACACCACCGAUUUCGAAGACGGCAGCGGUUCCACUGAAGAAACCACUCUGGCCCCUGAGGAUAACACCACCGACUCCGAGGACGGCAGCGGUUCCACUGAAGAAACCACUCUGGCCCCUGAGGAUAACACCACCGAUUCCGAAGACGGCAGCGGUUCUCCUGCGGAAACCACUUUGAGUCCAGAAGAACCAGAGGAUUCUACCACACAGACUCCCGAGGAUUCCACCACUCAAGCACCCGUAGUUCCCGAGGAUUCCACCACACAGGCACCCGAAGUUCCUGAGGAUUCUACCACACAGGCCCCUGUAGUUCCCGAGGAUUCCACCACACAGGCACCUGUAGUUCCCGAGGAUUCCACCACACAGGAACCUGUAGUUCCUGAGGAUUCUACUACACAGGCACCUGUAGUCCCCGAGGAUUCCACCACAGAGGCUCCCGAAGUUCCCAGUGAUUCCACUACCCAGGCGACCGAAGACUCUACGACUGAUUCUUCAGUGGUCUAGGAAGCUAGUUUGGUAAUUCCAAUGGUUCCUAAAGACUUGGCCUCUUGCACUUUCUCAGAACUCCUUUAAAAUUCCACGUCUCAAAGUAACUAGGUUAUAAAACAAAGAGUUUUAAAGCGAAAUGUGGUGCAAAGAUUAAACUGUUAUAACUAAAUUAUUAACCGUGUUUCUACCAAAAUCAAGUGAAAACACUUUUAGGCUUAGGAUUAAGACCUCAUGAAGUCACAUCGUGUUUUGUAGUCACGCAUUCCUCAUUUAGCUUUAUAGUUCCUACAAUCUGAACAAUUAAAACUACCCGAAAACAUG